CAGCAAUAAUAGCUAGCAGUAACGUCCCUUUAAAGAAAAACCAUAAUCGAUCAACAACCAUGGCCUCUACUAGUAGAGCUCCCAACACCAUUACUAUUACUACUAGUACAAACGCUGGUAACAACGCUUUUCUUGAUGAAGACGAGGACGACAGUCAAGUGACUCACGAUGGCGAUGGCACACAACACGAACACGAACACAAUGACGAUGAGGCCCUGGCACACGAAGAAAACCGUUGGGUCUUUUGGCUAAGGUUUCUGACCACAAUGGUGUUGCUGAGUGUGGCCAUUGCAGUUUGUUUGGUGGUUUAUUUUCAAGGCCGUGCCAGCGAACAGAAUGACUUUGAACAGGAUUUUUCCGAUCUUGGCGACAAGCUGGUGACCAGUUUUGAAUCCCUGGUGGAUCAGCGGUUUGGAAUUAUUGAGAACUUUGCCAUGGGGGAAACUUCCUACGCCAAUGGCAGCUGGCCCUUUGUGACACCUCCCGACUUUUUUCUCCGGGCUGGUUCUCUCGUAAUGCUUUGUCAGCUCAUGUUUAUUGUACUUGUCCCCAAAGUUACCUUCGACCAACGGCCUCAGUGGGAUCAAUACGUACAGCAAAACAUGGCGUGGAAAAAGGAAGCCCUCGCCUUUCAGGAGGGAAUUCCCGUUGAACAAGUAAAUGCACCCGAUGGCAUCUUCCCCGUCAUGAUGAACUUUCACUAUGGCGGUCCACCCAAGCCACAAGAUGGUCCUGGCCCAUUUCAUCCCAUGUGGAACACCUUUCCCGUAAACAAUGUCUCCAUUGGCAACGUCGACAUUUACGCAGACACCUUUCAGCAGCCUGCCAUUGAUGCAGCCUACAACUCCGGCAAGCCAUCCUUUGGAAAGACCGAAGAUUUCUGGCAAGUUUCCGAGGAAGAAAAGGUUCAAUUCUACUACUUUCUACACGCGUUCGAUCAUGUCCAAUACCGAGACGACCCCAUCGCCACCAUGUACUAUCCCAUCUUUGACGGAUACGGUCAGGACAAAGAGGUGGUGGCUUCCUUUCUCUGCACCGUAUAUUGGCGCACCUAUUUCGAUGGUCUCUUGCCUCCGGGAUCGGAUGGUAUUAUUGUCAUUCUAGAAAAUACGUGUGGCCAGCAAUACACUUAUCAGGUCGAUGGACAAUACUCACACUUUCUAGGCCAUGGCGAUUUGCACCAUGCCAAGUAUGACUAUCUGGGGACUGGCGCGGGUAUUGAAUCUGGCAGCGCCACCAACGACGUUGAGGAUGUCUGUCAGUACAGCAUUAGGGUCUACCCAUCUCAACAGUUUGAGGAUAGCUAUCGCACAGACACUCCAUGGAUCUAUGCGGUUGUAUUGGCAGCAUUGUUCCUAUUCACAUCCGCCGUCUUUUUGUUUUACGAUUACAUGGUCGAGAAGCGACAAAAGGUUGUCAUGACUUCGGCCCAGCAAUCUGGAAAGCUUGUAUCGGAUCUAUUCCCAGAAUCCGUUCGCGAUCAGCUCUACCAAGCACGACAAGAGCAAGCCAAGGCUCGCGAAAGUCAAGCUGGAUGGCAAAACAACAAUGGAGCGGAUCUUGGCGGAGCUGCUGAUUCCAUUGAACACAAGGCUGCGAUCGCUAGUCUUUACCCCAAGACGACUAUUUUCUUUGCCGAUCUUGCUGGAUUUACGAAAUGGAGUUCUAGUCGGACUCCCGUCGAGGUAUUCCAGUUGUUGGAGGCUCUUUAUGGGGCAUUCGAUAAAAUCGCCAUGAAGCGGAGGGUCUACAAGAUUGAGACCAUUGGCGAUUGCUAUGUUGCUGUGACGGGACUACCAAAACCACAAGACGAUCAUGCAAUUAUAAUGUGCAAGUUCGCCACCGACUGUAUGAAACAAAUGAACAUUGUGACGGCUUCCUUGGCAGAGUCUCUCGGAGAAGAUACAGCUGGGCUCGCCAUGCGAGUCGGUCUCCAUAGCGGACCGGUUACCGCUGGAGUUCUCCGCGGCCAGAAGAGUAGGUUCCAAUUGUUUGGCGACACAGUCAACACGGCCUCUCGAAUGGAGUCCAAUGGCGAACGGGAUCGAAUCCACGUUUCACCUGCAACGGCGGAAGCACUAAUUGCACGAGGCAAGGGAGCAUGGCUUACCCCACGAGAAGAUAAGAUUGUCGCAAAAGGGAAAGGUGAAAUGCAAACCUAUUGGGUGAUAGUAAAUGCAAGAACCAAGUCAACAAGGUCUGCAGUCUCCAGCAUGCCGCCUGAUUCUACAGAUGGGCUAGCUGAUCUUCCCCAAUUUGAGAACGAAGGAAUGCCGAAUGGACAAUCAAUGCAAGAUAGUGGUAUCUCAAUCUAAGCGAGUUUAGGCAGGCCUUCCCCUUUUUAAGAUUGAUAAUUGCAUACGACGCUCGAGGAGUAGUCCGUCGCAUACCUUGGUGAGUCCUUCUCCCCUACAGUAGCUUGGCUCGACACACUCAGUGACACCCUUGUACAAGUAGUCCAACUUGCUGGGGUUGCACUCUACAGCUUGAACAGCUUUGCUGGGGAGGGCAUAUGUUUGGCUGAGGUCGAUCGUAGGAAGCCCAAGCUCAGGCACGCUGCCAACGUCAAAAGGAGUAACAUCUUCCUUCGCUGGAAGUGAAGGAGUAUAGAAGACUCCUUCCAGUCACCAGCAAUAGUUGUCUGCCGGAUCUCACUCCUCUUGAGCUUGCCAGAGGUGGUCUUUGGUGUUACACCCAACUUCAGGACAACAACAUCAGAGACAAGAAGCCCAUGCACCUGAGAUACUGAUUGGAUAUAUGUACAGCCAAAUCUUCGUUUCCGACUUGUCAAAGCCUUGCGGCUUCGACGUGAUACGACACUGUCCUCUCCAUGCUGAAAGGCAGUGGUUCUGCCUGGUCGGAUAACAUCUCCAAUAGAGAGCUCCACAUCUGUUGGAUAGUAGUUCUUUCCAUUGAUAAUAAUAACAUCUUAACUCUCCCAGUGACAUAGAGCUGUCCAUCCGUAACCUUACCC